CCAAGCCAGUCAGAUGCAAACAACAGCAAUACCAACAAAAGGAGCGGUAAUGUCCCAAGAAGCCAAGUUAAAAUGCAUGUUAGCCAAACGCAGUGGUCCUGAUGCUGAUGGUCUUUAAUAGCACCAAGACAAGUCCGGCAGCUGCCGUCGCCACUGCAACUGUGUCCCUUGUACUAGUUGCCCACCAAUCAGCAGACUGGCCUCUGCAUUUGAGUCCAUCUGAUAUCUCUUCACAUAUGUUCUGUCAUCGUCGAUGCUGAAAACUUCUUCUUCUUCUUCUUCUUCUUCUUCUUCUGCAAGCAGCAAAUCACGCACGCAACGCUUUGAUGGUUCAUUGUUUCCGGACGUUGGCAGUCAGCUUCUUCGGAUGGGUGCUUUUGUCACCUGAUUCCUUUACCUUGUUCUUGAAAUGCGAUGCCUGAGAUCUACUGCAUUGCAUUCCGAGAGCUAUAGAGGAGGGCUGUCAGUAUAUGUGAAGAGAGAGAGAGAGAGUACAUGCAGGUGUGUAGUUUAACCAGUCAUGUUUCCGAGGCCAUUAAUUAACCCCAUAUCUUAUUGAAUGCUGAUGAGAAAUAUUAUAGGGAAAGAAGGUGGGUUAUCCUCUCGGCCACUGCCACCAUCAUAGUGCUCUCGCACAAUCCACCAAAAUAUCUCCUCAGCUUUCUUUGGCUGCCUCUUUUCCUUUUACUUUUUCCCACCGCACUCUUUCCUUCGAACCCCCACCCACCUCUUGCUACUAUAAGACCGCCAAUCAAAGCUCUCUCUCUCUCUCUCUCUCUCCACAGGACAAGACCAGUGCAACUCCAGAACAAGAUUUUCACCACCCUUGGACUUCACGUACGUAAGAGGAGGAUCGAUGGAAUAAUGCGUGAGAAAUCUGCUGAUCGGGUCGUCAACCUCUUCGAUUGUUCCUGCUUUGUCUCGAGUUGUUAGGCUGCCCAUUCAUGUACGUGUGAGUGACGUGCGUUGCUAUUUGGUAGCGUAACCUGCAGCACGGGGGGAGGGAGGGGGGGCAUUCGGGUCAGGAUGAAGAUACAGUGCGACGUCUGCGAGAGAGCGGCGGCGACGGUGCUGUGCUUCGCCGACGAAGCCGCCCUCUGCUGGAGCUGCGACGAGAAGGUGCACGCCGCCAACAAGGUCGCGGGGAAGCACCGCCGAGUUCUGCUGCUCCCGAGGGGCUCCUCCUCCCCUUCCCCGCAUCCUUCCUCGACCUCGGCUGACAACAUCCCCGCCUGCGAUGUCUGCAAGGAGAAAGCUGGGUUUUUCUUCUGCUUGGAGGACCGGGCGUUGCUGUGCCGGCAGUGCGACGCGACGAUGCAUGCAGCCAAGCCCUGUGGGUCAUCGCACCAGCGGUUCCUCAUCACCGGCGUGAGAGUCGACGAUGUCAUCGACAGCAGCAGCAGCAGCAGUGGUGGUAGAUGCAAAGCCAACAGCAGCGGCGGUAGCGGAAUCCAAAGUCCUUCGGGCUCUCUGGCGUCGACGCCGACGGCAGCUGUGGGUGAGAGGCUUCCGGGAGAUCCGAUGGGCCAUGAUGGGUGGUCUUGGAGUGAGCUCUUGGAUGGUGUCGAGCUCGAACGCUGGUAUGGGAUACCAGACCCUGGCUCAUCCUCCAGUUGACCUGCAAAAACUGUAGACGAUCCAGAAUCAGAAUGAAGGGAAUAAGAGCGCUAUUAUAAUCA